AAAUUGUUUGAUAUUGUUCAUGUAUUCAUAGAUGUUUGUGAAAUUUUUUUGUAGGAUGGCGGAUGGUGAUGGACCUUGGUAUGACGGAUUAAUCGAUGAGUGGGAUAAGGAGCAUCGUGCUCGUGCCAUUGAAAAUGGACAGGUUGUAGUUGCUAUGCGCAUGAGGGGUCAUUCCGCUGAUGACUUUGAUUACGACCCGCGGUAUGAGCCUUACAUUCGGAGAUUGGGUCUUCUCCCAUUCGUGUUGCAGUUUAAGCGACGCGCUCCGCCGGUGAACCACGCGGCGCUGACCGCACUUGUGGAUCGUUGGAGGCCGGAGACUCACUCCUUCCACCUUCCAUGUGGGGAGAUGACGAUGACCCUACAGGACAUGGCUAUGAUAAGCGGCCUUCCUAUCAAUGGACAAGCUGUUACCGGUCGUGUCAGCGUGGGUAAUUGGCGAGAACGGACUGCCGAUUUAAUUGGCGUUCAGCCCGAGGGCCCUCAGGAAGGCAAGGCCGAUACAGCGAAAGUGAGGCAUUCUUGGCUAAAACUGGUCAGAGGAAACACCAACCCGUGCCCUCAGGAUGCCAAUGACGUGGUUGUGCAGCAGUACGCGCGGGCCUAUCUUUGGAAGGGAGGUACAUCCUCAUUGUCUGGGUUUGUUUGGAGCCUAUCCGUGUGGAUGUGGGAGCGGAUCCCGGUUGGACGGCCCGAUUUGAAGAACCCCCUCAUGGCAAACCCACGGGGUAAUCAUGACGGGUUGCAUGAUGAUGAUCCAUAUCGGCGCCCUACGCUUGCUUACUAUUGGGAACAAGUGACAGUGUACACAGGAAGCUCGCAUGUGCGAUACAAGUGCUAUAUGAACGAGCUGGACACCUUGACUGCUGAGCAGGUACAUUGGUUGCCUUAUGUGGAAGAUCGUGACUUUGAUCUUAAUGAGAUGUGCACGCGUGAUAGCCAUCUUUGGCGGGCGAGGUGCCCAAUGAUAUGCUUCUUCGCAGUUGAGUGGCACUUUGUAGACCGUGUGGCAAGACAAUUUGGAAAAAGACAAGGUAUUCCAAUUGAGGAGAGCAAGGAGGAAAUGCUAUCUCUGCAUCGGUUCGAUCGAAGGAACAAUCAGGAUAUAUCGGAUUGGGCAAACAAACACCGUGCGUGGAUAGAAAUUUGGAAUCAAAGAGACACGUUAGUGCAAUCAGAGAAUAGACCUCACAAUCAGUCAGCAUAUCAGAAGUAUCAAGUGUGGUAUGCGGAUCGUUACCGGUUAAAGCUGAAGCCAGGUUGGACUCACGAGGAGUGGUCGGAGUUGGUGUCUGAAGACCCGGAGACUGCAGAAGGUUAUCAUACCUUCAACACGGCUGUGAGAGACACCAGAGGGGCUCAUGUUGACUACGCACCGAUGCAUGACGAAAUGGGCAGAGAGUUGCUUCUGUGCGUCAACGAUGCCAAUGUUGCACUGAGUCAUCCACCUGGUGGUGCAUUAUCUGAGAGGACUCUUAGGAGCACGAUGGAGAAGUUCAAGAAGCGGUUCCAUAAGAUGGCAGCUAUGCUUUCUUGCCAUGGUGCUAAGUCCAGUGACGUGUAUGCACCAGGUAGCCGCGCCGCCAGAGCUAAUAAACGGCGUUAUGUCCAGAACAAAGAGGACAUAGAGGAGGAGGUCAAUGAAGAGGAGCCAGCACAUCAAGAGGAGCCAACACAUCAUGAUGAGCAUGAGUAUGAUGCAACACAUCAAGAGGAUCAUGAGUAUGAUGUUGAUGCUCCACAACCAUCACAGGUUACACAACCGACACAAGGCAAUGCCCGCUCUAGAAAAGGCAAAGCCAUAGCUAAGACACCGGGCAAGAAAGGUAGAAAGAAGACAUGGAACACUCAAUUCCAUAGUCCGGAGUAUCCUCAUCAAUUUAUGCCUGCGGGAAUGCAAAGAUAUAAGUCCAACAUUGAUGCAGAGGCGGAGGAGGCUAGCGAAGAGGAGGAGCAUGAGGCUAGCGAAGAGGAGGAGCAUACACUUGCAGAUAUCGUGAAGAGAGGAAGGAAGAAGUGA